AUGCGCGGCAAAGUCGCACAGGGCAGCACCGUGCCCUGCGGAAGGUACCUCUCGAAAAUCGUAUCGAGAUCCACGUUCGACGUCUUACCCUCCACAAAGUCACCGCCUUCAAUGGCAGUGUACUCGGGGUGCGUCGUCACGCGGGUGGCACCGUGCAGGGGUUCGAGCGAUACAGCAUCGCUUCCCUGCAGUGUGGGACGAAUGUUUAGAGAGCAAUUGUGUCCCGCUUGCUCUGUUUUAAAACUUUGA